UCUAUAAUACUGUGUACGAUAUUUAAACCCUUCAUCAACUUCUGUGUUGUUCUUCUACUUCUACUCUGUUCACCAACUUCAUACACAAACCAUGGCAAAGGACAGGACAAUUGGUGUGGCUUUGGAUUUCUCAAACAGCAGCAAGAAUGCUCUCAAAUGGGCACUUGAGAACUUAGCUGAUAAGGGUGACACCAUUUAUGUCAUUCACAUCAGCCCCAAUUCUAUAGACGAGUCUCGCAACCAGCUAUGGGCAAAAUCUGGUUCUCCUCUUAUUCCUUUGCAAGAGUUCAGAGAGCCUGAGAUUAUGAAAAAGUAUGGUGUUCAAACUGAUAUUGAGGUUCUUGAUAUCCUUGACACUGCUUUCAGACAAAAGGAGGUGCACAUUGUUACAAAAAUUUACUGGGGGGAUGCAAGAGAGAAACUUCUGGAUGCAAUUGAAGAUCUGAAGCUGGAUUCGCUGGUUAUGGGAAGCAGGGGCCUUAGCACAAUCCAAAGGAUCAUUUUGGGAAGUGUAAGCAACUUUGUGAUGACCCAUGCUUCUUGCCCUGUGACUAUCGUGAAGGAACCAAGCAGCAGCAAGUAAAGAUAAUCAACUGGGAGAGAACAUUUAAGUUUCAUAUGAUAUUUUCCUUGCAGUGUUCUUGAUCUAGCAGAGUUAUAUUUCCUUUCCUUAAGUAUUUUGGUGGCUGAUGAGAAUGAUAAUGAGAAUGAGUCUCAUGUGAUACUUUGUGUAUUUUAGCUCUAACUCUUUGACUUUGAAGGAAUAAUUUAAUGUGAGUGACAUCAAAAUUUUACU